AUGGCGGGGAAAAAAAGGGGAAACCGCAGACCAGGUAAAAGCGAGAGGAAAAUUGGACAGUUGCAAAUAGACAUCGAAGCGGAAUAUGAUUAUGAUAAUAUUUUUAAAACGUGGUUGUCAGAGGAGAUUAUUGAAGAAUUCUCAGAAAAAGAAAAUAAAGUGUUAAAUCAUUAUUUACCGCAUCGACCGGUGAUUAAAACACAUGGUACAACGAAGAUAAGACCUGUCUUUGAUGCAUCAGCAUGUAAGAAGGGAAGUCCUUCGUUGAACCAGUGUUUAGAAAAAGGACCUAAUUUGAUUGAAUUGGUUCCUUCGUCGCCUAAUCGAUUUCGCGAAUACGAGAUCGAUGUGGUGUCAGAUGUAAAACAGGUCUUUUUGCAGAUAGGAAUCAAUGAAUUGGAUAGGAAUUAUUUUCAUUUUUUGUGGAUAAGAGAGGGAGAAUUAAUAACGUUUCUACAUUGUAGAGUAGUUUUCGGUUUGGCGUGUAGCCCUUUUUUGUUAGCGGCUGUUAUUAAUUUAAUUUUAAUAAAGGCGUUAGAAAAAGCGAAGAUGGAUAUUGAUUCUGGUUGGUCGGUUAGUUCGGUUGAAAAAUUGAGACAAUCCUUUUAUGUUGAUAACUGCGUGACGAGCGUUGAAUCGGAAGUAGAGAGAGACAAAUUUGAGCGAGAGACAAAAGCGAUUAUGGCUACGGGAAAUUUUGAUCUACGACGAUGUGAAAGUACGGGUGAUUGUUCUAUAGGCGAAACAUCUUUAGUAAUAGGACUUUUAUGGAAUAAAAAGAAAGAUGUUAUUUCAAUUAAUCCAGCAGUACUUAAUUUAGAAAAUCAAAAAAAUGUUACAAAGAGAACUAUGUCGUCAGCUGCACAUCGCGUUUUUGAUUCUAUCGGUUUCUCCUCUCCGGUAACAUUGUUACCAAAAUUAUUGUUGCAGGAACUGUGGGCGAAAAAAAAGACUGGGUCACUAUUAUUGAUGAUAAACGUAGCGAGAUAUUUACCUCAUGGUUAA